UUUCUUUCUGGAUAACACAAGUCCGAGAGCCAAUUACAAGAGCAGAGAACUGGUGUUGUUCGGUAGUAGAAGAGGAUCCAUGGCGACAUUAGUCCAGUGUCUUUCUUCCUGUGCGACACUCAACCCCAAAUUCAAAUCCCUUUCUCUUAACGGAGCUUCUUCUUCCUUGUCCACUCGUCGUGGUGUAUGCUCCUCCCUUAGCUUCUCUCAGAGCGUUUCUCAAUGUGUCGCCUUCUCCUCCGGGAAUAUGUGGGUAGAGAAGAAUAAGCCAGCGAGGCAAUCGAUUGUGUGCGAGGCUGCUCCCACGAAGAAAGCUGAUUCAGCUGCCAAGAGAGCUCGCCAAGCUGAGAAGAGGCGCGUUUACAACAAGUCUAAAAAGUCCGAAGCCCGCACACGGAUGAAGAAGGUUUUGGAAGCACUUGAUGGGCUCAAGAAGAAGGCAGAUGCGGUACCUGACGAGAUUGUAACCGUUGAGAAACUGAUAGGAGAGGCUUACUCUGCUAUAGACAAAGCAGUCAAGGUUAGAGCGCUACACAAGAACACUGGUGCGCGUAGGAAGUCUCGGCUGGCUAGGAGGAAAAAGGCUGUUGAGAUCCACCACGGUUGGUAUGUCCCUGCCGCAGCAGCAGAAGCUGUCACCAUGGCUGCGUAACAACAUGGACAGAGAUAAUGGGUUUUUUUUGUAAUGUAUAAUUCAAUCGCUUUCAGACUCUCUUCUUGUGUACUGUUGUGUCUAAGCUUCUUGUCUUCCAUCAUUGGGCUUGGUCUUGGUCUGGUUUAGUAAGAUCUCAGUUCUUGCCU